AUGAGUCGGAUCUCUUACAGAUCAUCAACUGGAGGGGGCAUGAGGGGCUUUAGCUCAGGCUCUGCUAUCGUAGGAGGUGGCAGUGGUACCAGAAGCAGUUUUAGCUCCGUCUCUGUCUCCAGAGUUGGAGGAGGAAGAGCUGGAGGUGGAGGAGGCUUCGGAGCUGGUGGUGGCUUUGGCAGCAGAAGUCUCUAUAACUUAGGUGGAAGUAAAAGAAUUUCCUACAGCUCGGUCGGCGGAGGUCUACGGAGCGGAGCUGGUGGUGGAUACGGCUUUGGUGGAGGAGCUGGCUUUGGUCUUGGCUAUGGUGGUGGAGCAGGCGCUGGUUUUGGCUUAGGAGGAGCUGGUGGUGGUGGCGGCUAUGGGAUGGGUGGUGGAUUUGGACUGGGAGGUCCUGGAUUUGGUGGUCGAGGUGGCCCCGGGUUCCCUGUUUGCCCACCCGGUGGCAUCCACGAAGUGACCGUCAACCAGAGCCUCCUGGCACCCCUCAAGCUGGAUAUUGACCCAGAAAUCCAGAAGGUGCGAACACACGAGCGGGAGCAGAUCAAGACCCUCAACAACAAAUUUGCCUCCUUCAUCGACAAGGUGCGAUUUUUGGAGCAGCAGAACAAAGUGCUGGAGACCAAAUGGAGCCUCCUGCAAGAGCAGGGCCACACGGUCACCAGGAAGUCCCUGGAGCCCCUUUUCGAAGCCUACAUCAACAACCUCAGGCGGCAGCUAGACAGUCUUAUGGGAGAGAGGGGACGGUUGGACUCUGAGCUGAGGAACAUGCAGGACAUGGUGGAAGACUUUAAGAACAAAUAUGAAGAUGAGAUUAACCGCCGCACCGGUGCAGAGAACGAGUUCGUGGUUCUCAAGAAGGAUGUGGAUGGAGCUUACAUGAACAAGGUUGAGCUGCAGGCCAAAGCAGAUGCACUGGCAGACGAAAUUAACUUCCUGAGAGCUCUCUAUGAAGCGGAAUUGUCCCAGAUGCAGCAGCAAGUGUCUGACACCUCCGUGGUCCUGUCCAUGGACAACAACCGCAACUUGGACCUCAACAGCAUCAUCGCAGAGGUCAAGGCGCAGUACGAGGACAUCGCCAACCGGAGCCGGGCAGAGGCUGAGGCUUGGUACCAAAACAAGUACGAGGAGCUUCAGGUCUCCGCCGGGCGACACGGUGACGACCUGCGUAACACCAAGAUAGAAAUUUCAGAGAUCAACCGGAUGGUCCAGAGGCUGCGGAAUGAGAUUGAGAGCGUGAAGAAGCAGUGUGCCAGCCUCCAAGCAGCCAUCGCCGAAGCGGAGGAGCGUGGGGAGAUGGCCCUCAAGGAUGCCAAAGCCAAACUGGCCGAGCUGGAGGAUGCUCUGCAGAAAGCCAAGGCAGACCUGGCCCGGCAGCUGCGCGAGUACCAGGAGCUGAUGAACGUCAAGCUGGCCCUGGACAUCGAGAUCGCGACCUACAGGAAGCUGCUGGAGGGCGAGGAGAGCAGGCUUGCCGGAGAGGGAGUCGGAGCUGUGAGCGUCUCCGUGGUGAGCAGCUCCAGCGGGAUGGGCUAUGGCGGCGGCGGCGGCAGCUGCCUGGGCAUGGGCGGAGGUCUUGGCAUGGGCGGAGGUCUUGGCAUGGGCGGAGGUCUCGGCAUGGGAGGCGGCGGCGGCAGCUACAGCAUGAGCAGCAGCGGUGGAGGCUUCGGAGGUGGAAGCGGAGGCUUCGGCGGGGGGCUCAGCUACGGCGGAGGCAGCACCUUCAGCUCCAACAGCAGCCGAGGCGUCAGCUCCAGCACGGGAGGCAGCGUGCGGAUCGUUUCCAAGACCACCACCAGCAAAAAGACCAUCAGAUAA